AAAAUAAUGGACGUGUCUUCAUCAUCAUCACAAGCUCUGUGUGAAUGUUUUAAAGCAUCCGGAAAGGCAUAAUCUCUCUUAUUGCAGCAGCGUCUUCAUUUCUAUUCAAGAGAAUAGGGGUUAGAACCAUGAGGAUUUACCGGAGUUCACAGUCCAGAGAGCAAGAAGAAGAUGCAAGAGAUGAUUGAGUACAUGGUGAAUCUGAGCAUCUUCAACCAGCAGCUGGUGGCAUCGAUGUCUCAUGGUGGGAGAUUAAUAUUUCAAGAGAAAGAUUUAAGUUACAGCAACAAUGAACAGAUUUGAGUGAGUUGAAUUUGCAAUGGUUGGUUGGACUAGAAAGGUGUUGAUGGCGAGUUGCAGAGAUGAAUAGAAGAUGGCUGAACUAGUCUUGUGGAUGAAUGGUGUUGACCUGUAUAGCUCAAUGGGAGAUGGAUUUUGUAAGUUGAACUAGUCUUUUAUGAAAAUGCUUGUAUGAUAGUAGCUACUAUUUUCUCAUUUCUCGUCCAUUUUUUUGUUCUUCAUCAUUAUUCUACGUACAAGCAUAAUUAAGAUGGGCGGCUACACGAUGCUUCUCUUCCUCAUUCUCAUCUCGUCCUCCUCAUUUCCGUUAUCUGCAGUGCAGGGAGGGGAUCCACCAGCUCCAUGCAACGAUUGUGGUGCGAGUGAUGUUGCCAGUCACGACGCUUGGGCGUCUGUUCUGGGGUUAGGUGGAGCGUUCACUGUUCUCGUACUUUUGGCAGCCUUUGGGGUCUACCGAUUCCGACAUAUGCACGCACUUGAAAAAACGCCUUCAAAUACUUGGUCAACAUCAGCUGUUGUUUCUUCCACUUCAGUUUCUCCAAUCCGUUCUGCCGCCGACUCAGGAUGUCUUCUGAUUCACCACCACCUUCCCCAACUUCAGAUGAUUAGUAAUCAUCAGUUUCUUUACUAUCUGUAAUAAUGAUAUGAAAACAAUAAUCUAUAUCGUUUCCAUCUAGAUCGUAUGUUAGAGCUAUCUUAAUUACUUUAUGGGAAUUUUGAUAAAGUGAUUCAGUCUUGAAUUAGGGUAAAAAAAA